UCGUGUUGGAAAUAAGUUGUCGACAUCAAGAACGACUGGAACUUUCCUGGUGUUGAAGUAGUCCCGUGCGUAAUACAGGAACACUAUCAUCAUACACCACUGACAUUCCCCACUCGCUCACCCAUCCCUCAAACAUGACUUACGUCUCAAAUGAUCCCAGUGACUGGCCAUAUAUCAGUUUGAAUAUCUUUUUCACCUAUUGCACAAUUGCUGCUGGCGUCGUGGUGAUAUGCGAUUGGGCCUUAACACUAGGACAAGAGAUUGAACUUAUCUGGAGACAACGAUGGUCUCUCAUGACUGUGCUGUAUUUGAGUAUACGCUAUAUUGGAAUACCGUGUUCUGUUCUCAAUUUUCUGGAAGUUAUGCCAUCGGUAUCGCUGACAGAUGCAGUGAGCACUAUCAUGUACUACACAGGGAAUGUGAUGAAUCUAGUUGUAACUGCCAUGUUGGGCGUGAUCAUGAUUGCGCGGUUGCAUGCCAUGUAUCAGGGAUCUAGAAAGAUGCUUAUCUUCCUUGUUAUUAUCUUCCUGGCUGUAAAUAUCACCUGCGUAGUGAUCACAGGAAUAGACCUCCAGUAUGCUGUAGAUGAGGAGCUGAUACUCUCUGGCAUGCAUAUGUGCGAUAUUGAACUUGAACGGAACGACCCGCUUCUGUAUUCAAUGGUUUGGAUGCUCAGCACUGUUUGGGAGGUUCUCGCACUGUGUCUUUCAGUCUGGAUUGCUGUGAAACACUUCCGUGAGCUGCGACGACUCGACCCAAUGACAGGAUCGGCCAUCGGGGACUGUUUCAGAAUGCUGAUACAAUCUCACGUUCUUUAUUUUGCAAGGUGAGUUUGUAAUGUGAAUGCGGUUAUAUUUUUCUGCUCAAGUUCCGCACAUGUUAGCUUUGUUGGUGUCUCUUGCCUCGAGCUUGCUAUUCUCUCUCCAGAACUCUCGGUGCGCUGACCUGUUGCUGAUAUCUGCGUGCAACCACUGCUCAUCAUUUUUGUAGGAUUCAGAAUCUAUUGGAGCCCUGACACUCGCAGGUGCUCAUGAAAUUUUAUCGAUCGUGCGGAUGUUUGUGCUGGGACCACGCCUCAUCCUUGGUGUUCGAGAAC